AUUCUAAUUUAUUGAGAAAACAUUCUAUAUUUCACUUUAAAUAUGAAAAUAAAUUGAUAUUUUAAUAUUUUAGUUAUUUAAACGAAAAAAAUAUUUUGUACUUGAUUUUCAUGUCUUUCAUGUUACCGGUACUGAUUUUGGUUCACUUGAUGAACUGGUACCAGCUUGCUUAUAUUUCCCAUCCUGCAACUGAAGCAGCACCAUUUCCUGUUCAAACCAGCAUGCCAUGGUGGCAGUUAUAAAAACAGAAGGCCAACCAAACGACCAUCCAGUAAAUAUGGGCCUCAAUGCAGCAGAAAAACAAAGAAGAUAUUGUGAAAGAAGGGAUCAAGAUCCCGUUAGAAGAAAGGCGCAUCUCAUGCAACAGAAGCAGAAAUAUCAGCAUGACAAAAAAGUCGCCCACUCCUGUAGGAUCACCCACUGCCCCUCCUAGUGAUGUCGGGUCACCCACUGCCCCUCCUAGUGAUGUCGGGUCACCCACCGCCCCUCCUAGUGAUGUUGGGUCACCCACUGCCCCUCCUGGUGAUGUUGGGUCACCCACUGCCCCUCCCAAUAAUGUCGGGUCAUCCACUGCCCCUCCUAGUGAUGUCGGGUCACCCACUGCCCUUCCUGGUGAUGUCGGAGCACCUACUACCCCUCCUAGUGAUGUCGGAUCACCCACUCCCCCUUCUAGUGAUGUCGGAUCACCCACUGCCCCUCCUAGUGAUGUCGGGUCACCCACUGCCCCUCCUUGUGAUGUCGGGUCACCUAAUGCCCCUUCUAGUGAUGUCGGGUCACCCAAUGCGCCUCCCAGUGAUGUCGGGUCACCCACUGCCCCUCCUAGUGAUGUCGGGUCACCCAAUUCCCCUCCUAGUGAUGUCGGGUCACCCACUGCCCCUCCUAGUGAUGUCGGGUCACCCACCGCCCCUCCUAGUGAUGUUGGGUCACCCACUGCCCCUCCUGGUGAUGUUGGGUCACCCACUGCCCCUCCCAAUAAUGUCGGGUCAUCCACUGCCCCUCCUAGUGAUGUCGGGUCACCCACUGCCCUUCCUGGUGAUGUCGGGGCACCUACUNCUAGUGAUAUCGGGUCACCCACUGCCCCUCCUAGUGAUGUCGAGUCACCCACUGCCCCUCCUUGUGAUGUCGGGUCACCUAAUGCCCCUUCUAGUGAUGUCGGGUCACCCAAUUCCCCUCCUAGUGAUGUCGGGUCAUCCACUGCCCCUCCUACUGAUGUCGGGUCACCCACUGCCCCUCCUAGUGAUGUCGGAUCACCCACUGUCCCUCCUAGUGAUGUCGGGUCACCCACUGCCCCUUCUAGUGAUGUCGGGUCACCCUACGCCCCUUCCAAUGAUUCAAGACCGCCCACUGUUGGAAACUAUGUUGUUGUUUUAUAUGAAAACGAGCCAUUUCCGGGGGUAGUCUUAAAAGUAAACAAAACAAAAACUGAGUAUUUUGUAGAGUGCAUGAAGAAGGAGGGUGGAUUAUAUGGAAACAUGUUUUCGUGGCCAAAAUAG